AUGAUUGGGCAAAUUCACCUUGCGUUGUUGCUAUUGGUUAGCUAUGUUGUUGCCCAUACAGUUCCCGGGUUGGAUUCUUUGAGCAUCCAGGCUGCCCUCGAGAAAAGAGCCAACUUGAUAGACCCCGUCUACGACGAUUUAGAGGCGCCCCAGAUUGACUUUAUCAAUUUGCACUUGAAGAAUUUGACCAAUUUCAAUGGAACAAAGUGUGCAAAGUGCAAGCACAAGAUAAGGUACGGGAAAUCGUUGAUUGAACAGUACCCAAACAAAACGCACUUGGUCUCCUUGUUACUCUUCAAGUACUGUUUGGUUGCAAACAACAACACCGAAUCGAAAUGCGAUAAUUUAGAUUUCUUCGUCGCCACAAGCCUGGCCAACUUUGACGCUUUCACUGAAAACUACGACUCCGGGGUCGCUUCAGGGGUAUCGGUGAAUUUCUACGACAAUGAUUUUCUACAAAUGUUGAAGAAUUUCAACACCAGCUCCGAGUUGGACUUGGAGUACUACUGCUUCUUCAAAUCUAAAGGAGAUUGCGACUUGCCGCCAACAAAGGAUGUCGAUGAGUUUUACGGCAUUCAGAGCUGGUGGCCUGCAAAGCAACCUCAGCAUUACCACCAACCCGAGUACAAGAACAACUCCGAGAGAUUCAACGUGCUCCACGUGACUGACUUCCAUAUCCAGCUCCGGUACACUUUGGGGGCCGAGACUAAUUGUACCAAUACGCCAUGCGCCUUACCAGAGUCCGUUAACAAGGAGCUUGCUGGUCCAACGUACAAUUUCACCGAUUACUACAAAACUUUCAAUCCAAACGUUAGCAUCAAUGCCAAAGGUUUAUCCUUUUAUCCAGAUGCCCAUUACGAUGAGAAUAGCACCUAUAUAAAGGGCGACUAUUAUGAUUUCCCCAAAUAUAGAGGAUGGAACUUUAAAAACUCUCCCGCCACAAUUUUCGGUGCAUAUCUUGCAGACUCUCCUGAGCUAUUGAUGAACAACUCGUUGAUUGAGAUAGCGAAGGUCCACAAGGAGAAGAAAUUUGAGUUUGCCGUGUUCACGGGAGACCUCGUUGACCACGAUGUCAUUCACUGUACGCCGGCCGUCACCAAGGAAGGCGAGGUGAAGUCUUUCCAGUUGAUGAAACAUUAUCUCGGAAACAUCCCCGUGCUUCCGUCGCUAGGAAACCACGACGCCUUCCCAUAUGGACAAGUCCCUCCUCUCAAGUUUGACCUCCCGCAAACCGAUUACCACUGGAAUGAGGACUUGAUGGCUGAUUUGUGGAUCAACAACGAAUGGUUUGAAGAAAAGGACAGAAACGAGCUCAAGAGCCACUAUGCAGGGUUCAGCUACGUUACUGCUAGAGGAUUGAAAGUGAUUGGUUUAAAUUCCAACUGCUACUAUCAAAAGAAUUUGUGGUCCUAUAUCGACCUUUCCUCGAAUCCGGAUCUUUUUGGCCAAUGGGAGUUUUUGGUCAGCGAGUUGUUGGAGAGUGAGGCCAAGGGCCAAAGGGUUUGGAUCAUGGCUCAUAUCCCCGUGACAGACUACGACGCUUUGCCAUUACAGAGCCACAUUUUUGGCAAGAUUGUUGAAAGAUUCUCCCCUUACACAAUUGCCAACAUCUUUUAUGGCCACACCCACCAGGACCAGUUCCAUAUCUUGUACUCUUCAAACUCGUCUCAAACGGCAAAGGACAUUAUCAACAUGUCAUGGGUGGCCCAAUCUGUGACUCCGUUGACCAACUACAACCCUUCCUGGCGCUACUACGAGGUUGAAAAUGAAAGUUUCAACAUCAUCAACUCUUACAACUACUACACGCACUUGAAUGAGACUUUUGCCAAUGGUGGUGAUGAGCCUAAAUGGGAGUUUGAGUACUCGGCUAGAGACUUUUAUGAUCCAAAGCACACUUGGCCCCAAGAUGCGCCAUUGAACGGUACUUUCUGGCACGAAUACGUUAUUACUCAGUUGAAAAACGAAAGCAAUAUUGAUUUCAAUCAAAAGUUUGCUAAUCUCCAGUACCGUUUUGGGCCUGGUGCACCAAAGUGUAAGAAUGGAACAGUUAUCAGCGACAAGUGUUAUAAUGGCAAUUACUGUGUCAUGGGCAACUUCUACAGCGAUGACUAUCAAAACUGUUUGAGAUAG